AACACCAAGGGAGAUAACUCACUCGCCGUGCUCUAUUCUCCUUACCAACAUUGUUUAUUUACUUUGGAACUUUCACAUUAAGUUUCGACCAUUCUUCUAUCAAAUUUACUACAUGGAAUUCUCUUUAUGCAACAGCUACAAUGAACGAUAAAACGCCCACGAAAGAAAGCAUUCAAAAACAAUCCUAAAUCAAAUGACUCGAUUUAUGUUUUCACCUUUACAUAAACCAUUAGGUCAUAUUUUCUUUCGCACCCCCUCCGUUGCUGCCCUUCUUCCCGCCACCACCACAUUCAUCAGUCGGUGCCUUAGUUUCUUCCCUCAGCCGAAUGCAAGGUCCGCAACCGGCAGCAUGGCAUCGUCAUCUGAGACGUCCAAACGUGACGAUCGCUCCGACACUGUCACUGAUGCCUCUAGUUCUACAAGUGGUUUCUCUCCAAUUGAACCGGAGCCUACAUAUACAGCUGGAAUAAUAAUUAUUGGUGAUGAAAUCCUGAAAGGUCAAACUGCUGAUACUAAUUCACAUUUCCUUACCAAGCAGCUCUUUACAUUGGGUGUGAAAGUGAAAAAGAUAUCAGUUAUUGGUGACACUAUCAGUGAAAUUGUGCAGGAAGUGAAGGAGUUUUCUAGCCGCUUUACCUAUGUCAUUACCUCAGGAGGUGUGGGUCCAACACACGACGACAUUACAUUUGAAGCUGUAGCCAGUGCUUUUGAUGAGAAAACAGUUUUAAAUCCAAUCAUUGCUGAAUUCAUUAAGGAGUACUUCAAAGUCAGUGAUCUUUCCUCACCUCACUUUAAAUUGGCCAAGAUCCCUCAAUCAUCUCGUCUGGAAUUUGGUGUCCAUCCAAAAACAAAAGUGAAAAGUAAAUACCCCCUAGUCUGUGUCAGUAAUGUUUAUAUGUUUCCUGGAAUACCGUUUCUUCUUGAGAAAAGUUUCAUAAGCCUCAAGCACCUAUUCAUGAAUCCCGAUGCUCAACUGCACACCAAGGAGAUAUAUGUAGCAGCAGAAGAGGUAGCCAUCACAGACAUUCUCAAUGAUGUCAAUGCCAAAUUUCAACAAGUGCAGCUUGGAUCCUACCCUGAAUUUCACAAUAGUUAUUAUAAAGUCAAACUGACCCUUCAAGCUGAAAAUGAAGAUGAACUGAAAAAUGCCAUCCACCAUUUAACUGACAAUCUCCCUGCAGCUAGCAUCGUUCUUUAUGAAAAGGAUCCUAUAAUGCACGCUAUGAACAAUCUCUAUGCCAUUGUGAACUCAGAAGAAUCCUCAGAAUUUCACCAAAGAAUCAGAGAGGCCGUCACCACUAUAGAAUUAUGUCUUGAACAAUACACGAUACCCGAAAUUGCCGUGGGCUUCAAUGGUGGCAAGGACUGUACUGCCUUGUUGCAUCUAGUCUAUGCAGUUGUUCAAAAGAAAUAUCCAGAUGGACAUGAUCAACUGCAGGCCCUCUUUAUCAGAAGUAAGAUGUCAUUCCCUGAAGUGGAGAGUUUUAUUCAAGUCAGUAAAAACAGUUACAACUUAAAAAUGAUUACAUUAAAUGGUAAAAUCAAGGAAUCUUUAGCAGAAUUAAAAGUCCAGAAUCCACAGGUAAAAGCUGUAUUCAUGGGUACAAGAGUAACAGACCCCUAUUCAGAAAAUUUGCAACCCUUUAUUAAGACUGAUGCUGGUUGGCCAAGUUAUAUGAGAGUAAACCCCCUUCUUUAUUGGACUUACAAUGAUAUCUGGACCUUCUUACGCAAACUCUGCAUUCCAUACUGCACCUUGUAUGACCUUGGGUAAGUU